AUGGUCGUCAAUCGAGCCAAUAGCAGACUCAACGCCGGACGUAGCUCAAGUGUACGUCUCAAUCAGAGUAUCUCUAAGGUUAUUGGAGAUAGCGUCUGGGUGUGCGUCUUGCAGUUUGAAUAUGCUUUCAAUGACACUGAGCUCCGGAGCGGUGGUAUCGAGACCAGAAACAGCAAUCCAGUCGUUAACAACCAUACCUGCACCAACAACGGAAGAUCCACGGUUCACGGUACCUGCCACCAAAGGAACCUGGAGAAGCGACGAGAGUUCCUCUUGGUCUUGGAUCGAGGUUUGUGGAUGAACCAGACCUCCAGUGUUGGAGAGAGCGCAAUAGGAUCCAACAAGAACGUUACCGGCAAUGGUCUGUCUGAAAACCUCCACUCCUAG